AUGGCGGCCAGAGCAAAGGCGAUCACGACAAUUGUCGUCGAGCACACCGCUGAUCUCCUCCAUGUCGCUCUCCCUGCUACUACUUGUCUUCUCGGCUUGUUACACCGCCCCUUCCUCCGCCGCGGACUGCGACCCCGUGGACCGCGCCGCGCUGCUGCGGCGGGCCGCGUCACGGGUCUGGCGCUCUACUCCCUCCCCGACGUCUCGGCGCGAGUCCCGCCGGCGCUCGGCGACCUCGCCGCGCUCGAGAUCCUCCAGGUCGACUCCGUGCUGGGCCUAGCGGGCCCCGUCCCGGCCUCCUUCGCCAACCUCACGCGCCUCCUGGACCUGGACAUCAACGGCACCUCCAUCUCCGGGCCUGUCCCGGGCUGCCUCCUCGCCGGCGCCGUCGGCCUGAGGACGCUCGUCAUCGCCAACAGCAAGCUCGCCGGGCCCAUCCCGGCGUCCCUGGCCGCGCUCCCUGGCCUCCGGUACCUGGACCUCAGCGGCAACAUAAUCAGCGGCGCCAUCCCGCCGGGGCUGCUGCACGGCGGCUCCAGGUUCCUGAUCCUGUCCAACAACCGGCUCACGGGGGAGAUACCCAGCGACUACGGCGACGGCGACGGCGACGCCAUCGACCUCUCGCGUAACCAGCUCACCGGUGACCCCUCGUCGUUCCUGUUCGGCAUCACGAAGCCGGCGGUAAAGAUCGACCUGUCGUGGAACCAGCUCGAGUUCGACCUGACGGAGGUCAGGUUCCCGCACCAUCUCAGGUUCCUCGACCUGGGCCACAACAGGGUCAGGGGCAGAGUGGCCAAGUCGCUGAUGGACGUGAAGCUGGAGCACUUCAACGUCAGCUAUAACGAGCUCUGCGGCGAGGUCCCGGCGGGAAGGUUCAUGUCCAUGCACGGGGCCGACUGCUACGCGCACAACAAGUGCCUGUGCGGCACGCCGCUCCCUCCCUGCAACUGA